AUGUACGCCAACCCAACAGACUCGGACCCAAAGACUCAGUGGACCACCUCUGGUGCCGAUAAGCUCUGGGAUGCGCUCGUCUAUGAGUACCAACAAAAUACACACAAAAAGUACAAGUCUUUAUCGCACUACGUUGCAGAGGCCUUGGGUGACACUGCUGCAAACUUUGACUGUGCCAUCGGUGCUCUAGAUUCCAAUGAUGGGAAGAAUGACUGUCUCACUUAUGAAGGGAAAUGUAACCAAGCCAUUGGGCCGGCUGGAUACCUGAUUCUCAAUUCUCUCUCUUCAGUUGCUAAUGUAAGAAGCGCUAUCUGUUUCUUUUGGUAUAAGAUGUUCAAUACUCACCUGCUACAGUUUUAUUCCCCAUUCGCAGAGCAACUGAGCCUCGCCGAGGGUAAAGAUUUGACCUCUGUGGAUGACAUUGCAGAAAGAUUUGUCAAAUACAACAAGCCCAAGAUGUCAGCGGCUGAGAUUAUUGGCUUUGUUGCAGACUUUCUAUCACUCGGUGUAGGCCAGAUUGUCAGCAAAGGUGUCGAAUCGGCCGUCGGUCCUUUGACCAAGGCGACGGGUAAAGGCGAUGUGGCCCCGGAUUAUGUGUCAUCACAGGUCGCUCAGUAUUAUAAAAACCAGCUGAACAACUACAAGCAAAUGGGCAAUCAAAUGGCCUUCGAGGUCACCACCGUCGCUGGAGAGUACAUUAGCGCUGGCAAGAAUUUGGUGGAGGGAGCCACAAGCAUGAUCACAGAAGCUAGUUCAUUCAUGAAGCUUAUGGACUCCAUUUCGGACCAAUGGGCCAAGAAUAUUAAUGGCUACAGUACCAAGCUAUUUGACGGGGCCCUGUCGGCUGAUGGUGUUACGGCUGACGGUGUCUCUAACUUUGCUACACUAUCGAACAUGUUAGAGGACGGCAGAUUCAGUCGCGCCGUGAGGCCGCAGAAUAUCAUCGCUAAUGCCCAAAAGGCAAUGUAUGCCCAGUUGAUUCCAAUCGCUCUUCAUCAGAAUGAUGACUCGCGCCCAACGCUCAUAGCCAAGAAGGAUGAACUUUUUGGUGAGAUGUUCCACCCUUACGGAUCAGAUGAGUGGAAGGGAAGCGCAGUGACGGUCAAAAAAUACCCGAAACUGUGCUUUUUCUUUGUAGAUGCCAAUAAGAGUGGCGCUGGUGGUCAAACAUAUCGCUUCGAACAGCCCAAACAGCAGCUGAGUGUAAUCGAUGGCAUGACUCAUAAUGAGAUGACUGGUGAUCAAUCUGUCGUUGGAGGUCUUACCUUAGAAGUUCUUGCCCAGAGCAUACACGAGGGCUUCCUCAAGAAUGGUAACAAGAAGGAUGCCUUCAAGAUCGAGAAGAAUCUCAAGGCGAAUGACCCGACUAGCCUUUUCGAUAACGAACUCACUGCACCUGGCCUUUACAAUGCUUAUUUCAACGAAUGCGGAAACUUUGAUCCUAACUCCAACCUUGACAAGAACACUGACAUGGACGAUAUUUCGGAAAAUAUUAUCAAAGCAAGGGAUUGGAGCUUUGCCGAUUCUAGCAAGGGAUACCCUUGUAUUCCAGGUGUUAAGAGCCCGUAUGACGGCGAUAAGUAA